UUGGAACAGCUGGUAAUUUGUGUAUACAAAAAAUAUUAAAAAAAAAUACUUAUUAAAAAACAUCUACAAUUUUGAUUUCGAUCUAGUACAACAAAAUCUGUGGCAUUGCCAUUCUAAGAUUCAAAGCGAACAUGAAGAUUCCAGAGUCAAAUCUCACCUUAUUUGAUGAGGAUUUUUACUUUCAGAAGACAUCCGCUGUGCAUUAUAAUAUCUCGGACAAUCAGACGUUCUCUAAUUGGACUGUAUCGCAUAAUGACUACAGUUAUAUCCUAAUAUAUUCAAUUCUGACAAUCAUUUUCUACAGUAUCAUUUUCCUCUUGGGAAUUGUUGGGAACGGAUUGGUUAUCUGGAUCGCUGGAUUUAAGAUAAAGACAGUCAGUGCUGUGUGGUUACUUAACCUGGCCAUAGCCGACUUCAUAUGUUGUGUCUCUAUCCCAUUUACAUUUUUAAAGUCUCACUAUAUUUGUGAUUUAGUCAUCACUGUUCUAUGGUUUAUGACCAUGUGCACUAGUGCCUAUUUUUUAACCGCCAUGAGUAUUGACCGCUGUGUCUCCAUAAUGUGGCCAUUUUGGUCCAAAACCUAUAGAACACCCAAAUGUGUCUGCAACAUUUCAGCAAUAGUUUGGGUGGUGAGUAUCAUCUUAAAUUCUCCUCAUAUAAUUAACUAUGGUUAUUAUUUUUAUCAUAAGGAAAUGAUCAUCAUCAGAUUUGUCACUGUGUUUAUUGUCCCUUUUUCUGUCAUUGUAAUGUGUUAUUGUCUCAUUUGUUUUAAACUUAGAAAAGUGAAAAUACCAAAAAGGAAACAGCGACCCUAUAAGAUUAUUACUGCCGUCAUUGUGUGUUUCCUCAUCUGUACAUUACCAUUUCACCUUUUACCAUUACUGAUAACAGACAAUUAUUUCAUGGAUAACUUAAUAAUUAACAUUUCUUUGUGGCUGAUAUACGUCAACAGUUGCAUCAAUCCCAUCCUCUAUGUCCUUAUAGGCCAAAAUGUUAAAGACAUUUUAAUACAUUCAAUACCAUCCAGACUGGAAAGAGCUUUAAAUGAAUGAUUUAACCAGACUUGCGGGGAGAACAUAACAGUGGAUUUCUUUAAUUAAAGAUACAUCAUUAUGCUGUACAA